AGCCAGAGUGUAUGAAAUCAAUUAGCUUGGGAACAAAACAAACAAACGAUCGGUUAAAUGCACAAUAAUAAUGGGAUACUGUCAUCGGCACUUUCAAAAUAUUCCGGAAGAAAAUUAAAUUCGGAAAAUAGUUUGCGCCCGAUUCAAUUGCAAAUGGAUUGUGAUGGCAUAUUUUCGCUCGAUUUGUUCAUUUGUUUUUUUAUUUUUCGCAAAAGUAUGCUAAUACGCAUGUGCCUAAAUGUUUGACAAUUUACGAUUUGGAAUAACAAGUUCUUCCUUCGUGGUGAUAUUUUUUGUGUAUAUGUGAACUGGAUAAGCUAAAAAAACCUACAAUAGUGAGAGAAAAAAAAGCGAGAAUUAGUUUUAGAGUGUUCAGAUAAUUGUGUGUUUAGGAUUUAGUUGAACGAAAAAAUCGACGAAAACUGAUAAGAAAAGCGCAUCGAAACUUUUACGUGUUCAUUGUGUUUGCCUUGCAAUUGCAAGCAAGAAUUACCACCAUUCGUCGUCGUCGUCGGUCGUCGAGAGGUGAGAGAGAGUGUCAAGAAACAUCCGCGCAAGAAGCCAAGCAAACGUUGAUGCCUCCUCAUUAUAAUUUGCAAUUUGAUUUUAUGUUUCCAUUUGAAAUUGAUUCGCCGACGACACACAUUUUCAUUUCAAUGUUCACUUUUAUCGCAUUGUGAUUUCUUCGCGCGGAUUUGCAACAGAGAUCUGAAAGCAGCGAAUUCAGUUUUACGUGAGCAAAUUCAAUUGCUCGCACAAUUUAUGAUUUUUUCAGUUUUCUUUUCCGUUUUUUCUUCAUCUAUUUAAUUUUUGAAUUUGUGACUACGAAGCCAAACACAAACCGAACACCGAACGAAAAUAAUCAAAGAAAGUGUGUUACGUGCAAUCUAUAACACAUUGUGCGAUUGAGUGAUAGAGAGUGUGGUUGAAAAUGAACGAGGCGGCUAUUGUCACACAUCUACCCGAUAAUAUAUUAGAAGCAAUUUUUUCGUACUUAGAUUUACGUGAUUUGCGAAAUUGUUCGCUGGUGUGUAAAAACUGGUAUAGAUAUUUAAAUGAUGAAAAUAAUGAUGUGUGGCGAAUGCAUUGCAUACGAAAAUUGGCCGAAGAUGCCAUUAAAUCCGAUUUAUUGUCAUCAGUCCCAACGUAUAAAGCAAAAUUGCGAGCAUUUUUUCACGCAUGGAAUCCAAACGAUUGCUCCCGUAAUGUAUUUAUCAAACCAAGUGGAUUCACAUUGCACAGAAAUCCGGUGGCACAAAGUACGGAUGGAUCACGAGGUAAAAUUGGCUUUCGUCAGGGACGUCAUGCAUGGGAAGUGAUGUGGGAAGGGCCACUUGGUACCGUUGCUGUCGUUGGAAUAUCAACACGUGAUGCUCCACUUCAGUGUCCCGGCUAUGUGGCAUUGCUCGGCGCUGACGAUCAAAGCUGGGGAUGGAAUUUAGUUGAUAAUCAUUUAUUGCAUAAUGGUGAUGCAAUCGGUAGUUAUCCAUUGCUAAACAAUGCACCAAAAUAUCAAGUUGGCGAACGGAUACGAGUCAUUCUGGAUUGUGACGAUAAUACGCUAUCAUUUGAAAAAAAUUACGAAUUUCUAGGUGUCGCUUUUAGAGAUUUACCUGAUAAAACAUUUUAUCCAACUGUAUCGGCGGUAUAUGGGAACACCGAAGUGUCAAUGGUUUAUUUGGGUCAUCCGUUAGACGGCUAAAUAACGAAGAAACGAACAAAAUAAACGAAACAAACAUUCCAUCAUAUUCUGAUUGUACAUAAAUUUGCCGUAUUUUUGGGGAUUUGUACAUAUAGAUAUCAACUCUUUUUUUGUUGAUUUUCUUCUUUUUUUUUUAAAUUACACACAUACACACCACUCCUCCGGCAAAAAGGAAUCAGAAGAUUGCCCAUUGUGCCAUUUAGCGUAUGCAUCAAUUCAAAUUUACACGCGCAAGUGACCAAAAUAACUAAAGAAAUUACACAUACACACAAGAAAAUCAUUUCACCAUACACUCCAAUCAACAAUCAAUUAGUUUUAACGAUACUCACAAUUUAAAAACGAAAACAAACAAAAAAACCAAAAAACUUUAUUAUUUCUAUGAAAGCAGUGAAGUGAUAAAAGAUUGUCGAAUACACGCGAAUAUGAAAUACAGCUCAAACAGAAAUGGUCUGGAUUAUCGAUUGAAACACAUGUCGAAAAUGAUUUUGGCUUAAUUUUAUUCCAAAAAUACCAAUUAACUUGCAUACUCUAUCCGUAAAUUUUAAUAUUCCGUUUUGUAUAAAAUGAAGUGUUUAUCAAAGUGUGGAAAGAACAAUAUAUUUGAUAAAAAAUUAUCGGAUGGUUUGUUCCAAAUGUAGUGCGAAUAAAUUGUGAAAAAUACAUUAUCAAAAAAUGCAGCGUUGCAAUCGAGCGAGAAAUGAAAUGUUCCUCUUUAAAUCACGACUUAAGUCAAAGAUGUGCGCGUUGAGUGAAAAAGCACAGCCUCACCUCAUUCUAUGUACUUAUCCAAAGCGCAUACGAUGCACAAUGAUAUUAAGUGGCCGAUAUGAUACAAUGAAUGGCAUUGUUAUUAAGAACACCCUAUCGGCACUUUAUUUAAAAAUUAUUCGCAUAGCCAACCAUCAUAUAAUUGCAAUUGAUUAACGUGCACACUAUAAUUCCGCGCAUUGUGUUUCACUCGAACGAUGUAACAUAAUUACAUACCAAAUCAUUUCUAAACGUAUCAUUUCGAAUUUGGAAAAGCUUUAUUCUCUGUCUAUAUUUCCAAAUAAACCUCUUAAAUUCUCUUAUUAUCGUGUAACAUUCCAUACAUCUAAUGAUCAAUUUCAAUGGAAUGAUUCUUCCAACGAAUGAUUCACAUAAAAAUGAUUUCAUUUGUUUUAUCAUUUUUGAUUAAUUGAUAUAUAUAUUUUUUUGUUUUGUUUUGUAAUUUGUUUAAAGGCCAAAGAUUAUGUUAAGUAAAAAACGAGCAACUAAAAAUUAGAAGAAAAAAAAGAAGCUCGAGUAGCUGACGAAGGUUGAAUGAGACAAUGUUUAAAAUAUAAUUUGGUAUCAGAAUGGCAUAAGCUUUGGAUUUGCCUUUUUUUCUAUAAAAAGGAUGUAGCAUUUAAGGGUUUUUUCUCUAUAAAAUGAAAAAAAAAGUGUCAAUAAAUUUUGAUGCAAUAUUACACAUAGAUUAUGAAACCAAAAAAGACAAAUUAAGACACAUGUUGAGUUACCAUUCAUUAUUGUACAAUUCCUAAGUUGUUGUCAAAUCACUUUUUAGAUAUAAUCAAUUCAAUCUCACUUUUUUUUUGAAAGAUCACACAUUUCUUUUUUCUUC